AUGUCCACCUCUAUUCCUCUUACAAACCUAUCGCCCUCAUCGAGGCCCUCAUACUACAAGAUGCCCGAGUCACCAGUGCCAUACGAGAGGCGGUCAAUCCGCACGCGCCGUUCCCACUGGACCCCAUCCUUGAUCGGUUCCUAUGUCUUCGAUUGGUUCGUCUUGCUCGUCGUUGCUGGUAUUGGAGGUGUACUGGGAAUCGUCACCCCGAAUAUGCGACCCUUCUCGGUCAUCGACCCCAACAUUUCCUUCCCCUUUACCGAACACGAAACUGUCCCCAUGUGGCUUGCUGUGAUUUGCGCCGUUCUUGUUCCCAUCGUUAUCAUCGCCAUAGUUUGCCUCGUCCUCGUUCCCGGAAACACCGUUCCCAAAGGCACUCCGAAGGCUCUGAUUUGGAAGCGCAAGUUAUGGGAGUUGCAUAUUGGUUGGCUUGGUCUUGCACUUGCCAUGGUCGGUGCCUGGUUCAUCACGAAUGGCAUGAAGAACAUGUUCGGAAAGCCACGGCCCGAUUUACUGUCUCGCUGUCAACCAGACCUCGCGAAUAUUCAAAGAUAUUUUGUGGGCGGUACCAUAGCAAACAUCACUGGUUUGGACGGCGCCACUGGCUUCGGCCAGCUCGUUUCCGCUGCCAUCUGCACCAGCACUGACAAGCACAAACUUGAGGACGGCUUCCGCAGCUACCCAUCCGGCCACUCGAGCUCUGCUGCCGCUGGCCUAAUAUAUCUGUCCCUCUUCCUCGCUAGCAAGUUUGCCGUCACCUUGCCCUUUGUGGCCAACAACAGCGAACCAUCGUCCCAUUCGGCCUUCCCGUCUCGUCUGCAAAAGUCAAGCUCUGACUAUGAGGAAGUGCGAUCAGGAGAGGGAGGCUCUCUUAACCCGGACACCUCUGGCGCUGCCAGAAACCUUGCUGAGCAUAACAAAAUAGUCACCGCUGUUCGUCGCCAAGCCGCCGCACCCCCCAUUUAUCUUUUGACCAUUGUUGUUCUUCCUUGGUUUGGGUCCAUUUUUAUUGCUGGCUCUCGUUGGUUUGAUUUUCGACAUCACGGAUUCGACAUCUUGUUUGGCUACCUGAUUGGUGUUUUCACCUCAAUCUUUGCUUUCCGCUAUUACCACCUCCCCAUCAGUCAGGGGGCUGGCUGGGCGUGGGGUCCCCGCAGUCAUGACAAGGCGUGGUGGUCGGGAGUGGGCUCGUACAGCUACGCGACGGAGAAGGGAGACUUCAUCAGGUCAGGAGAUGAGGAAGAGGCGUACAUGACACGUCCGGCGGACCAAGCGACAUCGACUCAGUUCAUGGGCAAGCCCAACUCAAAUGAUGGCUCAGGCCCUGAAAACAGGUUCUGA